AUGAAUUCAGACUUUGGAAAUGAUGGUACAUUAUUAAAAGUAGACCAAGAAAUGUCUGAGAAGGUAUUUAAGAAUAAGUGUGAUGAUUUUAUAAAUGAUAUAUUUGAUGAAAGGGCCACAAUGAUAAAUAAAAUUGAGAAUUUGCAACAAGUUAUAAGAAAGCAAGAAAUUGAAAUUAAAGAAUUAAAAAGAAAAUUAGAAAGAAAAUCACCUACAAAACGUUCAAGUUUAUCAUCAUCACCUAGGAAAAUUAAUUUAUCUUCAUCUAAUUCAUCACCUACCAAAAGAAAUUUCAUUACAAAAUCAUUAUAUGAACCAAAAUUGAAAAAUUUAAAGUUGGACUUACCUUAUGCUACUAAAAGUAAAUCAAUGGUUCAUUUAUUACCUACUCAAUAUUCAGAUACUGAUGAAGAAGAAGAAGAAGAAGAAGAAGAAGAAGAAGAAGAAGAAGAAGAAGAAGAAGAAGAAGAAGAAGAAGAAGAAGAAGAAGAAGAAGAAGAAGAAGAGGAAAUACAAGGAAAUGAAGAAGUUCAAAUUUUUCGAUCUUCGCCCGUCGCUACACAAGAUCAAAUUCCACAACCACCUACAACGACAAUUAUUAAAACUUCUCAAAAACAUUCAUCAUCAUCUGCUCCAUCAUUACCUCCACCGAAAAAGAAAUUGAAAUUAUUAUCAAUGUCAUCACAAAAUUCAAUAAGUCCCAAAAAGAAAGUAUCAAAAAUCGUUGUACCUAAACUAUCACCAAUUAAAUUAGGUCUAGUACCUACUCAAUAUUCAAGCUCACAAACACAACUUCAAGAAGAAGAAAUAAUUGAAGAUUCGGAAGAAGAAAAUAUUUCAUUACAUUUAUCACCGCGUAAAUACAUUCCUAUUCCUUCACAAACUACAAUUUUACAAAAAAGAAAAUAUCUUAUAGAGUACUAUACAAACAAAUUCAAGAAUGAAACAAGUUUCAAGAUUAAUCUAUCUACACAUCCUAUAAAAGGUAUAACUUUUGAUUUUUCGGAUUUUGUAAUUAAUGAUAAUUAUGAACCUGAUGAAAUUACCAAGUUCAUUAAAAGAAAUCAUAUAAUGAGUUUAGAAGACUAUAAAAAGAAAAAAUUAUUUUAUAAUUUAAGUAUGGACAAGAAAAAUGAUGAAGAAUUGAAUGAAAAGGAGUUUUUAAGUAGAGAAAGUCAAUUAUUUAAUAAGUUUCAAUCACCUCCUGGGUUUAUGAUUAGUGAAUUUCCAAAUACUCAGGAGCAACAAGAAAGAAAAGAGGUCAUUAAGAAAAGACAAGAAGAUAGGAUAGAAAGAAGAAUAGAUGAAUGUUGUAGAGUAAAACAAGAUUAUCAAGGGAAUGUAACACAAAUUGGAGAAUAUGUGUUUGUUAUGAAUAUCUUGAAUGAUUAUGUUAAAAGUGGAAGAUGGUACAUAAAGAAUUAG